UGUGGGAAGUACCGGAAAAAGGAGCUGCCGGAAGAGGGAGCAGCCGGAAGUGGGAGCAGCCGUAGCGCCGGCAGAGGGAACGAGAGCGGCCUAAGCCUCCCUGCCCUGCCCUGCGCCGGGCCGGAGCGCCGCUGGGCCGCCAUGUCCAACAUGGAGAAACACCUGUUUAAUUUGAAGUUUGCUGCAAAGGAACUCAACAGGAACUCAAAAAGAUGCGACAAAGAGGAGAAGGCUGAGAAAGCGAAAAUUAAGAAGGCCAUCCAGAAGGGUAACAUGGAAGUCGCACGGAUACAUGCAGAAAAUGCCAUCCGCCAGAAGAAUCAAGCCAUUAAUUUCCUGCGCAUGAGUGCCAGGGUAGAUGCUGUGGCAGCAAGAGUUCAGACUGCAGUGACAAUGGGCAAGGUAACAAAGUCAAUGGCAGGGGUAGUUAAGUCCAUGGAUGCCACUCUGAAGAGCAUGAACUUGGAAAAGAUAUCUGCAUUAAUGGAUAAAUUUGAACAUCAGUUUGAAACACUAGAUGUACAGACACAACAGAUGGAAGACACAAUGAGCAACACUACAACACUAACAACGCCGCAGAACCAAGUGGAUAUGCUUCUACAGGAAAUGGCAGAUGAAGCAGGUCUUGAUCUGAACAUGGAACUACCUCAAGGGCAGACAGGUUCUGUUGGUACAAGCGUCGCCUCAGCAGAGCAGGAUGAGCUGUCGCAGAGACUGGCCCGCCUUCGUGAUCAAGUCUAAGUUAAACAGAGCUGCAGUCCUUUGUGCUUUCUGAAUACUCUGAGACUAACCCUCCACUGCACUCGAAAGGUGUACACAGUCUGGCGUAGGUGUUCCAAUAUUUGUAACGUAGGGUACUUCACUCUGAGCUUGCUCUUCUUUCUAAUACAUUAAGUAGUCCCAAAGUAUCAGCUCUCUAAUGUCUUUUUCUGUACAUUUUGAAGUUGAUAUAUUUUUUGCAAGCUUUUUUCACUGAAUCAAGUUGAUAUUCGAAGUCAGCUGGUAAUGUUGGAGCAUUCUAGCUGAAAGAAAAGCGGAGUGUUAUUGGUAUAUAUUUUAAAUUAUGAAGUGAUUUCUUUUUUUUUUUUAAUUAUGAGAACUGUUUGUGGUUGGAGAACUGAUAUAUUCGGUGCUGAUGACUGUAAUAGCCAACUUUCUUAUAUAGCCAAGCUCCUGGAACCUUAGAGGUGGACAGCGUGGAGUUCAUGAAAGUAUGCUUGUCAAAAGGAAAGAGUGGACUUCAGUCUGUGGUGGUUUUAGUAUUCUAAAGCUACAGUAAUUGUGCUGGUUCAGUUAUAAAUAAGUUAUCAAAAGCUAUUUUCAUGUAAUUGGGAACUUGUACGGUUUGAUCACUUUAGUCCAGGAGGAAUAAAAUAUAUUUUUCAACUUGGUCGGUUCUGUUGAAUAUUUUAGCUUGCUUGUUGUUUAAUGUUGAGUGCUGUAGCUUCUCUGUUUUGCUUUCUCCUCAGUAUCCUGUGGUGCAGCCAGUAAUGCCAUUCAUCUCUGUUUUGACCAACGUGGUGUGGAGCUCCUGCUCAUAGGGAGCUCCUGCUGUCUGUUCUCCUUAGGCUCAAGCUGAGAAACCUCAUAUGGGAUAACUGAAGCUUGCUGUUCUCCAUUCCUUCUCGUACUUUCUUUUUCAUCUACUCAUUUCUUUUUUUUAUACUCAAGGAAAAGCAGUGAUCGUAUUCCAUGCUUCUGCCAUAUGAGAAACACCAAAGUGCUUUUCCUCAGGUUUACAUCCUCGCAGUCAUCCUUCAUGAGCCAAGAUCCCAACCCUGUCUGCUCCAACCAGGGCACGCUCCUGGGUUAUUUCCUGGUCUGAUGUUGGAGGGAGCAAAGUGAGAACUGGGUGAGCAACGAGGGCACGGCAGCUGUGCCUCCAGGCAGCUGCUGGAUGAGUGCAUGACUUCUGCUGGGUUAAGAGCAGCUGCUUUAUUUAGGAAGGUGUAAUACUGCUCUCUGCAGGUGGAGCAAUGCGACUUGUAAUAUUGGAAGUCGUAAGUGGAGAGGGUGGUUUGUUUUAGUUCAUCUCCUUACACUUCUGCACAGUGAAAGAAUCUGACUGCUUUCAGCAGCUUCAGGCUCCUGUGGUUGUGAAGUAAAGAAACGGUAGAAAUUCAUAGCAGAAACUGCUUGCAGUCUGUUGUGAUAAGUGGUGAUGUUAAAAUCUCUUCCUGAAUUUUUGGAUUCCUUUUUUAUUUUUGUAGGGGUGAGGAAGAUGUGAAGACUUAGGAUUAGUUCUUAAUUCAGCAAUGCUGAGGACCAUGUAGGUUUUCUAGUACUGGGGAAAUGUUUCAGUAAAAAACUGCUUACCUGCUUUUAGUCAACAGGAUUUUUUCAGUGAAAAUGUGCAAAAAUGAUGAAACUUUGAAGCUGUUUCAAGCCAUUUUUGAUGUGCUGCUCAGUCGCUUUGGAGGUGUAGCAGGAUGCUACGUGCUGAGGUAUGCAGGGUUACUGUGAACAUGAAAUGUGGAAAAUAAGAUGAACAAAGCCACCUAAAACAUGGAGCCGUAUCUCUCGGGCCAGCAGCCUGAAUUGAUUUGUUCUAAAUGUGCUCUUUUCCUUACUUUCAGUGCAGCUUUCUUUUAAACACCCUUCAACGUUCCUCCUGAAAAUAGGAGAAACUGGAAGGUAUUUUAGAAAUGAUUUUAGAAAUGAUGGAAUCUUAACUAUAGGCACAGUCCUUUAAAACUAUUAGGGAAGGAGAGCAUGCUGCCCCUUCUUUUUCCUAGCUACUCCUGAUCAGUGUAACAAAAACCUAAGGGUGUAUCUAUGCAACCAAGUCACUCACAGCUGUGGAAACUGCUGGUGUGUGUGCCUUUGCCUUGGUGAACUCUGUGUAUUUUUUGACACUCAGUUACUUCGUAUCUCAUGGCAGGACUGGAAAGCUGCUGCUGUGUGUGAAAUCCAGGUCUGAGCUUGCUUUGCGGUUGGUUGUUGGUAGGGCUGUACCAUAAGCUGCUGAGGCUUUCUGUGCUUGGUGUGACAGCUCCAGCUCUCUUUUCUGGCUGAUUUUAAUGUUAAAAAUGCUGCUGCUUUUAGACUGUCCUCGGUGUUGAGCUAUUUGAAAUGACAGGCAGCAGUUCUCUGGUCUCCCGUAUUUGAUUUUCUGAGAAUGCUGCUUUGAGUGGAACCUCAGGGUUUUGGUGGAAUUUCAGAACAGGAAGAGAAGAGACCGAUUAAUUUGCUGCACGGUGAAUAUUAACUUUGCUUCAUUAUCUUCCUGGCUGUACCCAGCUUGAUCCGUAGUUCUGAUCUCCCAGAGGUCCCAAGCUUGCUAGCUCUAGCACCAGGCUGGUGUUCAGUCCCUUUCUGUAAGGAGCUGACAAGUAACCGAGGAAUUUUGCUGGUGAGGAAAAGAAGGUUGGGACCAGGAGGAAUCUUUGCCCUGCUGCUUUCACCCUGAGCAUUGCUGUGUGCUGCUGCCAGCAUCGUGCACCGGUGGCUUCUGUGUGUAGCUCUGCCUUCUCCUGGGGAAAGGGCCCUUGUGUAUGAGAGCUGCCCUUCACCACAUUGCCACAGUAACGUUGGUAAUGAGUUAUGUGUUUCUCCAGUGUUUUGGAAAUGCUUCAAACUGGAAGUUACCCUUAAAGCAGUAUUUGACUUUGGUAUAGCUCUUCCAUUUGAGUUCUCCUGGAAACGUUUGCUCUUUUCUGAGCCACUCUGGCUCCUCGCUUUUCCAUUUCUUGUGUUUCUUGUAAGAUGACAGUAAACGUUUGUAGAAAUCCGCUUCAUGUUAAAUAAAUUGUAUGAGGAUUUAUGCAACCUCUUUACCCAAUAGUGCUUCAGUGUUUGUACUUACGAGCAGACGCAUCCAAGGUGAGACAUUGCUUGAAAUGCUUCAGGGUGGUUUUGCUCGCUGCUUUUUCCUGAUUUACUAUGGACAGUGGUUAUCUUUGCAUUAUGUUUCCAACUGCUCGUGUCAAGGCAGUCUUCGUUCCUUUGGAUUCCAAAGCGAAGCCAUGAGAAGAUCCAGCUGAGAGGAGAGGGAAGGAAAAGAAAUCUCAAUUCCAAUGGGAUAAUACCAUCACUUCGCCUUUGUGGAGACCCUCAGAGCCAAAAACUGGUGAUGUUUUGUUAUAUAUGCUCAGCAACUGUAUAGAGGAGAGAAUGAUUUUUGUAGCUCGGCAGUGCUCAUGGUGGAAACGGCUUUACUUGUAUGGGACGGUUUGUAACUGCAACUGGUAAAUAAAACUGUACAGCCCAUCGA